GGGAGAGCCCCGGGGCUCGGCAGAGCCGGUCCCGCCGCACCCGCAGCCGCACCGGCACCGGGCUGCGAGCGGCGGCGGGGCCCGGAGAGCGGCGGGGGCGAACCGGGGCAGCGCCGCCUCCUUCCUCCUCCUCCUCCUCCUCCUCCUCCUCUCCUCCUCCUCCUUCCAGCCGGUGCCGCGGAGCGCAGGAGCCACCGGGGGCGGGAGCGGCCCCGCAUGCGGCCGGUGCCCGCGGGGGGGAUGCGCCGCGCCCCGGCCCCGCCGCCGCCGCCGCCGCAAACUUUCCGCGGGGCCGUGAACCGGCAGGAGGAGGAGGAGGAGGAGAGCGACAAAUCCCUGAGGGGGCGACCCCAAAAAAAAAACCUGAAAAAGAAAAACUACCCCAAAAAGCGGAGCUCUUUCCAGCCAGCGGUUCCUCGGUAAAACUUACCGAACUCGGCGCGGGGAAACAGCGGGAGGGGAAGAACCGGGAGGAGAAGAACCGGGAAGAGAACCGGGAGGAGGAGAACCGGGAGGAGAACCGGGAGGAGGAGAAGAACCGGGAGGAGAACCGGGAUCAGAACCAGCACCGGGAGCAGAAGAACCGGGAGCAGAAGCAGCAUCGGGCGGAGAAGAACCGGGAGCAGGAGCAGCACCGGGAGAAGCCCCGGGAGGAGCAGCAGCACCGGCAGGCUCCGCUCGAUGCGGCGCUGAGCCCCCGCGGCCCCGCGGAGCCAUGGCCAUGGUGGCCGGCGCUUGGGGCGAACCGAACGGUGGCGGAGCCGGUGGCACCGGAGGCGGCGGCGGCGGCGGAGCGGAGGAGGCGGCGUCCCCCGGCGGCGGCGGCAGCGACGCGGAGCACGGCGAGGAGGAGCGGCCCGGGGCCGGCGCGGACUGCGUGGUGUGCGGGGACAAAUCCAGCGGGAAGCACUACGGCGUGUUCACCUGCGAGGGCUGCAAGAGCUUCUUCAAGCGCAGCAUCCGCAGGAACCUCAGCUACACCUGCAGAUCCAACCGGGACUGCCAGAUCGACCAGCACCACCGGAACCAGUGCCAGUACUGCCGCCUCAAGAAGUGCUUCCGGGUGGGGAUGAGGAAGGAAGCCGUGCAGCGGGGCCGAAUCCCCCCGAGCCACUCGGGCAGCAGCCCCAACCCGCUGCCGGGGGCCGGCGACUUCUUCAACGGGCAGCCGGUGUCGGAGCUGAUCUCGCAGCUGCUGCGCGCCGAGCCCUACCCGGCGGCGCGCUACGGCGCGCAGUACGCGCAGCAGCCGGGCAGCGUCAUGGGCAUCGACAACAUCUGCGAGCUGGCCGCCCGCCUGCUCUUCAGCACCGUGGAGUGGGCGCGCAACAUCCCCUUCUUCCCGGAGCUGCCCGUGGCCGACCAGGUGGCCCUGCUGCGCCUGAGCUGGAGCGAGCUCUUCGUGCUCAACGCGGCGCAGUCGGCGCUGCCGCUGCACAUGGCGCCGCUGCUGGCGGCCGCCGGCUUCCACGCCUCGCCCAUGUCGGCCGAGAGGGUGGUGGCCUUCAUGGACCAGAUCCGCGUCUUCCAGGAGCAGGUGGAGAAGCUCAACCGGCUGCAGGUGGACUCGGCCGAGUACAGCUGCCUCAAGGCCAUCGCGCUCUUCACGCCCGACGCCUGCGGGCUGUCGGACCCGGCGCACGUGGAGGCGCUGCAGGAGAAGGCGCAGGUGGCGCUGACCGAGUACGAGCGCGCGCAGUUCCCGGCGCAGCCGCAGCGCUUCGGGCGGCUCCUGCUGCGCCUGCCCGCGCUGCGCGCCGUGCCCGCCGCGCUCAUCUCGCAGCUCUUCUUCAUGCGCCUGGUGGGCAAGACCCCCAUCGAGACCCUGAUCCGCGACAUGCUGCUGUCCGGCAGCACCUUCAACUGGCCCUACGGCGCCGGGCAGUAGGGACGGACGGACGGACGGACGGACGGGCCGGAGAGCGGGAUUGGCCGGACAGCGGGACGGGCCAGAAAAUGGAACGGGCCGGACGGACAACGGGAUUGGCUGCAGGGACAGCGGGACAGGCCAAACGGACAGCGGGACAGGCCGGACAGCGGGACAGGCUGGACAAUGGGAUGGGCCGGACAGCGGGACAGGCCAAAGAACGGGAUGGGCUGGACAACGGGAUGGGCUGGACAGCGGGAAAGGCUGGACAAUGGGAUGGGCCGGACAAUGGGACAGGCCGGACAGCGGGACAGGCCAAAGAACGGGAUGGGCUGGACAACGGGAUGGGCCGCACGG